GAGCCGCCCCCAGCGCCGCCGCCGCUGCCGCGGGCGGUCUAGCGAGGCUCGGCGAGGAGCGGGGCGGAGAGCGUUGUGCCGGACGGUGGAGUUGGCGGCCGGCUGGCUCCCGCGGCCGGUGCCUCUGGGCUGGGGGCCGGGCCGGGCUCGGGCACCCGGGCGGCUCCGCCCCUUCGCCGGGCCGCGGGUAGAGCGCGCGAGAGGAGCGGCGCGGGGGCGCCCCCCUCGGCCGGGCGCUCGGGUUACAGCCCCGGCUCUCCGGCUUCCCCGCCCGCUCCUUGCCGGUUCACUCGCGCCGUGAGAGACAUUGUAACGGAACUGGGACGCCAGCGCUGCAUUGUGGGAGCUUUUAAAGCGGCGGGGAGCGCGGCGCAGCCGCUCGGGCCCACCGGGCCAAGCUCACCCCGGCGCCCCUAGCUCGGCCCCGCCGCCGCUCGCCCCAUCACACACCCCCGACCGCCGGGGCCUAUGGACCAGAAAAGCCAGAAAUGGUGAGGUGACCAGUGCCUACUGACUCUCACAGGAGCAAAAUCUUCCAGAGCUCCGGGUGAGACUUGUAAAACUGCCCUCUACGGUCAUGUCGGAAAGUAGGAGGCUUAUUCUGCAGACGCUUAAAAAAGGAAAGAAAACAAAACAAAACCUUCCAUCCUCCAAGGACUGGGUUUGAAUUGCUUUUCAUCUGGAGUGGCAGUGAUUCAGCGACCCCCUUCUCAGCGGCAGGCAGUGACAGAGACAGGAGAUGAAAAACACAGCGAAUGAAUCAGACCACAGCUGCUGCCUGGGACAACCCACAACAAACCUGGCUGUAGCUGCCCCAGGAGUCCAAGACUGAAAGAAUGGUGAUUUUACCUUGAUAUUCUGCUGAAACUUCCUGGAACCUACAAGGUUAAAAUCUCAGAACAUCUAGAAAGAAAACAGCAUUGCAAGAGAUCAGAGAUAGCCUGGCCACUCAGAAGCAUCAUCCCAUCCAUUAGGAAGAGAACCCAAAUUAAGGAUUCCACCGAUUCCAAAAAAGCAACACUCUGGAAAAGAAGUCAGUGCUUCAGAGGUGAUCUGAAUCCAGGAAGAAAUGCAAGAUGCUUAUAAUAAAAAAACUCUUCUCUGAAAAGCCCAACAAUAGAAUAUUCAUCAGAAGAACAGCAGUUGGAGCCCAGAGGGAGACAAUGGAAGGCUGGGACCAGGGGCCCAAGUUAGAGGAAAGAAACGAGACUUUUCUUCUAGCCAAGAUGAAAGACAUGCAAGCCAGUCAGAAAACUUCAGUGGCCCUGCAGAGUGAAGUCCAUGAGCAGGAAGAUAAAAUGGAGAAUCAAGCACAAAGAGAAGACACACAUGAUGGUCGCCCAGUGACACAGCGAUCUUUAGUACAUUUUUUUCCGCAAACAGAUUCAGAUGCCACACUGCCUUUGUCACAGUCAUUAACCUAUGACACACCUCUCAGUUACUAUAUGUCUGACCCUCAGUUUAGUGGAAUAACUGUAUCAACAACUGGGCAGAACACUCCUAAAACUACUAUAGAGGGCCAUUCCCAAUCAGCAAACAGCUUGGGAGUCAACAGCUUCAUAAUGACAACGAAACAGCCUCUGUCAGUCCUUGCUCCUGAGACAGCUGUAACUGGGGAAGGAGAAGAUUAUUUCCUAUCCUUGUUUGGUGAUUCAAAGAAAUUUGCUGCAUGCUCAUUCCAGGCAGAGAACACCCGGAAGCACUUUUCCAUGAUUCUUGAAGAAGUGGGCCAAUCUAGAUCCAGUGCUCUUGGAGACAUUAAAAUAGCUGAAGUAAAUGUCAAGGGUUUAUUCGUGAAGCUCAUUAACUCUUCCCUUGACAAAGAACUGGAGAUUGGAGGUCAUAUUCUCCAGCAAAAUGUGAAUGGACAAACAGUCUCUUUGUACCGCUUCCUUCCAAAUAUCAUAAUGCAGGCCAAUCGCACAGUAACAGUAUGGGCAGCUGCAUCUGAAGCAAAGCAUCAGCCACCAUCAGAUUUUCUUUGGAGAGAACAAAAAAUGUUUAAAACAAGCCCAGAUUGUACAACAAUUCUGUGCAAACCUAAUGGUGAAGCUGUCGCCUGGUACACUCCUAUUCACUGGAAACAAGUGUGGGAGAAAUUAGAGACUGACAUUGAAUUUGACAGAUGCUCAAUAGUAAGUCCAACGUCUCGAAGACACAUAUUUCAUUGGCCAACAGCUAUAUCUACAACUAAAGAAAAACAAGACAAGUCUAAUAAGGAUACCUCAAAAAAUCAGAUGGAACAAGUUAGAGUUUUUCUUAAAAGAGAAAAAGAAAACCCACCAACCCUUUUUCCUAAUAGCAGUCCUUGGUGCCACAGUCCCAAUGUCCCUGCACAUCCCUACUGUCCUCUGAUUGAACCUCACAAUACCAGCAUGGCUGGAAGCAGCUUAGAUAGACAGCCUAGGCCUCAGUCAUCUGGGUCUGAUCCAGCCCAGAGUUUCAGCCAGGACCACUAUCAGGGGUUUAUGGAGCACCUCAACCCUAGGCCUGGAAACCCACACAACAAGGCAUCCAACCAGAAGACCUACUUCACCAUGAAAGUAAUGUGGAAGGGAGCCCACAACCACAGGAACCGCUGAUCACUUCACAUAUUACACCAUUCAGAGGUAGUUGGCUUUAUGGAAUGCUGGGAUGGCCUACUCUUAGGUAACAAAAGAUCUUUUGUCAUUUUUACUCAUUCAAAUGGCAUAUUUUGCCAUGAGAAUUCAAGAAGCAGAGAGUACCGAAAUACAGAGAGAACAGAGUGAGGUAACGACAGAGAAGCAGAACAAGACAAUGAGUGUGUCCUGACAAGUCUAUAGUUUCCAGAUUUUAGGUUAGCCACAGCCCAUGAGCCAUCUCUGUUUCUUGACAAUAAAUUCCCCCUACCCCAUCCACUUUUUUUUACAUAAGCAUUCCUGACUUGGUUUCUAUUACUUGCAAGUUAAGGAUAUUGUCCAAUACAAUAAACUCCAAAGAGGCAAACUUUUCUCUUCACAUGAAGAACAUCUAAUAAAUAAUAUAGCUGUCCCCAAAAUGGAAAGAACUUCUCUUAUCAUUUUUAGAUUUAGACCGCCCCUCAGUAUAUAAAAGAGAUGUUAUCUAUUAUAAUAAAUGGGCCCCUUCCCACUCCAAGAUCCUCUGACAAAUAUCAGAAAAUGUUUGAUUUGGAAAAUAGAGUUGUUUCAUGAUUUAGAAAAUAAAAAAUAAUGAGUCCCCAAGUGCUCGAUAACAUUCCACAUGAGGAUGUGCAAGAAUGUAUAACAUUACAGGGGGGAAAGGUAGGUUCUAAAUUUAGAGUUUGUGAGAAAUCCAGAACAAAACUGUGCAAGGAUUUAUCUUUUAUUAAAUUAAUGCACCCCCCCAAAAAAGUCUAGAAGUUAAGUAUCUGGGGUGUGAAAUAUAAUAGCAAAACAGCAAAUAAAGCAGCCUUUGAAUGCACGUUAUUAUUUACUGGCUGAAAUGAAAAUUUUAAAAAAGAUCUCAGAAUACAUUUAGGCAAAAUUCUUUGUUUUGCUUUCCCUUGAUAUCACUGUCAACAAUGCCCUCUAGUGGUAAAUUAAGUAGGCACUGAAGAAUGGAAAAAAUGAAACCUAAUUAAGCAGGCCUGUUAAACUCAUUGGUAAGAUUUUCAUGAAAAUAUGAACUUUUACACUUCCAGUUGGUAACUGAAUGUUAUAUUUGGCAAGAAAAUGAAUCUUUACAAAGUAUCGCAGCGUAUACCUUAAAGCACAAGCAUCUCAAGCCAAUUUUCCCCUGUGGUUUUCCUGAACAUGUGCCAAACAGCACAUGAAAAUAGCCAUCUGUAAUGUCUUAUAGGGGCAUUUCUGGGUCACGACUUCCACUGUGCACCUUAAAAGAAAGUAAAAUGUACUUUUAUUGAGGAUGAAAUCAAUCUCCCAAAUACUUCUGCUUCUAAACCCAAUUACCUUCAAGAAUUAUAGCUUCAGACAAAAAAAGUGGCUUGUUACCACUUUCAAGAUUGUAUCUGAAUUUUGAACUCAUCAACCAGACAAAGUUCCUUUGCUUGAAAAAUCUUCAAACCACAGCUCUCAACCACUGGGGUAAGCCAGUUAAAACAACACUUACAGUUACAGGAAUGAAACUUCUCCAACGUGGCUCAGCAAAGAGUUUCCCAAAGGAACUUCCACUGAAGAAAAAGAAUGAAGACAAUGUAUACUGCUCGCUCCUCUCUAAUUCAAACCAGCCAAUUGCUGCUUCUAGUCUCUGGCUCAAGAUUUCUUUUUCUCUGCGUAUUGUUCUCUUUUCGCGCCUCUCCAAGCCUCCUUCCCUCAUGCUUUCUAACCAUCCUACAUUUCCUUCAGUAGCUGAUUCUGCAUGUGAUUUUGAGAGACACUUAGACCCUUUUGUGAUAACUAUAUUUGCAUGAGAAUAUUUGCUCUGAAUGACUUUGACUAAGGCAUUAACCUACUACUCUGUUCUGGGAUUUUGUCUAUUUAAAUAGAAAGAAACACCUCCUCAAAAGCUAUGCUGUGGCUAGACAGGGGCCAUUAAUAUUAAUAUUAAUUCCCUAAAAAGGACUACUAUGACCAUAUUCUGUGAAUGCUAAACAUUUCCUGUUUUUGCAUUGCUAACAUGGAAUCCAAAUACUAUG